AGCCGAGCGCGGCCAUGUUCGCGCGGGCGCUGCGGGUGCGGGGCCACACGGCCAUCAAGGGCUCGGAGCGGAGAAAACUGCGGGCUGAUGUGGCUGCGGCUUUCCCCAGCCUCAGCGCGGAGCAGCUGUGCGAGCUGGUCCCGCACAAAGAGGAGCUCAACGUAGUCAAAGUGUACUCUCACAGGGGAGAUGCCAUCACAGUGUACACCCACAGCAGGAACCCGGUCCUUUUUGAAAGGGAGAGAGCCCUGUAUCCAACCGUGUAUACUCUGUGGUCUUACCCAGAUCUUCUCCCUGCCUUCUCAACAUGGCCCCCCGUCCUACAGAAGUUGGCAGGAGGAGCAGAUCUCAUGCUGCCAGGAGUGCUGGUGCCAUCAUGUGGGCUCCCUCAGGUACAGCAGGGCACCCUCUGUGCCAUUACCCUCGUGGGGAACAGAGCCCCAGUCGCAGUAGGAGUUGCCACCAUGUCCACUGCAGAGAUGCUGGCUGCUGGAAUGAAAGGCAAAGGCUUCACUGUGCUGCAUACUUACAUGGAUCACUUAUGGGGCUUUGGAGACAAGGCUUACCCACCCACAAUAGCUCCUCUGGUAGCGGAUCCUGCAGAGGUGGAGAACGCUGACCAGGAAGAUGGUGACAAGGAGGAGGAGGAGGAACAGGAGCUUGACCACAACCUUCCUGCAGACCCAGCAACGCAAACGGACGUCAGCAGUCUGAGCCUUCAGGAGGGAAAUGGUUGCAUGCAGCUGACAGAAAAGGAGGCAGCACGUGACAAUGAUGCUGUGGAUACAGCGGAGGAUGAGAACUUGGAGGCUCAGACAGAUGCUGAGGGCAGCCGGACGCCAAGAGAGCAAAUGGAUGAAUUGUUUCAGCAGUGUUUUUUCCACGCUUUGAAAUGCAAAGUGAAGAAGUCAGAACUCCCCCUGCUGACCAGCACAUUUCUGCGAAACCACAUGUUCUCCUGCUGCCCAGAAGGACAACAACUGGACAUAAAGAAAUCAAGCUACAAAAAGUUCUCCAAGUUCUUGCAGUGCAUGCAGCAGAAGAACAUCCUGCAAGUGAAGGAGCUGAACAAAGGCGUGGAGAGCAUAGUGGGCGUAGACUGGAAGCACCCAGACAUUAAGUUGUUCGUGGUUCCUGACGGGUUUUCCCCAGUGUCGAACACCCCAGAGAGCAAGCGUGGAGAUGGAGAGCCACUGUAUCACCCUCCUGACAUAGUCCCGCUCUAUGGUGUCUCAGUGAAGAUGGCCCCACUCUUCCAGGAGUCUGGACACAAAAAAGGCAGCAUCCUCUCUAGCAGUGAUGUGAGAAGCAUCGUCAUUGACUACGUAAAGACUAACGAGUUGGUUGAUGAAACAAACAAAAACUUUGUAAAGAUCAAUCCCAUCUUGUGUGACUGCCUGUUGGAUAAAGCAGAGCAAGACAGUAUCUCAAAGCUCAAAUGGGACGAUCUCCUGAGCAGGUGCCUGGUGCAACUGCAGCCCUUCCACCAGGUGACGUUUUUUGGACAAGAACCCAUUGUGAGGAAAGGAAAAGGCUGCCCCAUUGACAUAACCAUAGCUCAGAGGUCAUCCAAUAAAAAGGUGACAAUUAUUAAGAACCUUGAGCUGUAUGGCCUGGAGCCCCAAUCUGUUGCCACCACUCUGCAGCAAAGAGUCCAGGCCAGCGCCACUAUUAGCCCACUGCCUGAGGCCAAGGAUCGUGUGCAGGUCCAGAUCCAAGGCAACCAGAUCCACCAUCUUGCCAAGCUGCUGCUAGAAGAAUACCGGCUACCUCGGAAGUACGUGCAAGGUCUAGAGAAGGCUCCGAAGCUUGGCCGGAAGAAGUAAAACGCCUCUUGUAAGAAAUAUUCCCAUCUCCUUAUUUAUACACGGUUCUGCCUACCCAAGGGAGAUACUGGACCCUUUCAUUCAAAGGGGAGUCUUGCUAAUGACUGCAGCAGGGCCAGAGUUGCACCCAAAGAUUACAAUUGCUUUAGCUGUUCAUUUUUAAUAAAAAUGAAAAAGCACUGAAAAGCCUUACCAUGGUCCUCCUCCUGGUAUUGACUAACUGUCCAGCUGUUCCCCAUGUGACUGGUUCCAGUGCCUUUUCAGUUCACGGUUUUGUAGCAGUGCAGUGGGCGUGUUUGCUUCUUUGAGAGCCCUGUUUGGACUGGAUAUAGUGUAAGGCCAUGCUGUAGACAUACUCCGUUAGCAGGGGGAAAGAAGAAGGUGCUUCCAGGAUGGGGGCAGAGAUGACAGUAGCAGGGGUAAAUACCCUGCGGUGCAGGAGAACCCUCCAAACAGCCAGACCUGAGCAGGCAGGAGGGCUAGAGGAGUGCAGAGGGUACCAGAGGUCCUGCUGGCUACAAGUGGACUGCAGCAGCCUGUGUGAUCCCAGACCGCACAAAGUUCAUCCGCCAUGCCUACGAACAAGCAGACAGCCAGUACGGUCUGAGGUAGGAGACAUCAACCUUACACCAACCCAGGAGGUAAGCGAUGCUGGCCUGGGAUCAGAACAGUUCUGAGGGGCAGAGGGGUGUUUACGAGUAACCUCCCAGAGUGGGGUUACCUGGUGGAGUAUAAAAGACCAUUUGAGAAGGGAAACUGGGAGUAUUACAUUUGUAAAACUGUGCAGAGACUUGGGGGAGACCUAGCGGCCAAGCAUAAAGAUAAAGAGACUGCCCUGAAAAUAGUGGAGGUCAUAAACUCUUUGAACCUCAGAGGGAAGACUCAGCUGGGGAAUGAUCAGGAAGUCCUCAAGGGCAGUAGGAUUAGUGAUGGGAGGUCCCUGAAGCCUUGAAGUCCCCAGAACACACCAGGGGUAGCAAGGCAGGUAGAUUAGGACUCUGCUAGGAAAACCCCUAGGUAAGAGAUGGAAAAAUCUGUGCCUUUUGGCUUGGAGUGAAGAUUAGGCAAAGACUGAGCAUCCCAUGCCCUCCCUUUGCCUUUCUGCUGUUAAUAAGAGGGUGAGAGCGGCUCAGUAACUACACCUGUGGUCGUGGCUGAGGGAAUGUCAGAGCCCC